AUGGAACCUGAAGAAGAGGAAUUCUUUUUAAAACAUAAUUUAGAAUGCCUUGAUGUAAUAGCAAUUGGGGGAUAUGGAAUAAUUUACCUUGUCUACUCACAUCUUUAUAAAACAAAAUUUGCAAUGAAAAUGAUAACCAAAGAAGAUUUUAAACCGAUAGAAAUUCAAUGUCUGAUGUCAAUUGAUGAUCCUCAUAUUAUCCGACUUUACCAGCACUUUAAGUUUAAUGAUUCAAUUUAUUUAUUGAUGGAAUAUUGUCCAACAGAUUUAGAGAAAAUGCUAAUAAAUUCCAAGUCAAUAUCCCAUGAUGAUAUGAUGCGAUAUAUCCAGGAUGUAAUACUUUGUGUUAGAGCUUGCCAUCAACAUAAUAUUGCCCAUUGUGAUAUUAAACCCGGAAACUUUUUAAUUGAUAGUUAUGGACGAAUUAAAAUAACAGACUUCGGGAUGUCUAUAAUUCACAAACAGUCUCAAAACUAUAAAUCUUACCGAGGAACCAGAUUGUGCAUGGCUCCUGAAAUAAUGAAAAAACAAGAAUAUAACCCAAUCAAGGCUGAUAUCUGGGCUCUUGGUGUUACAAUUUAUUUCAUGGCUACCAAGCGUUAUCCAUUUUCAGCAGAUUGCAUUGAAGAAAAAAUUAUUCAGUGCCGAUAUGAUGAGUCAUUAGUUUCUGAUCCACUUCUCAGACAAGUGAUCCAAUCGUGCUUAAAUGUUGAUCCAGAACUCAGAUUUUCUGAAGAUCAGCUUCUAUCAUUACCUUACUUUCAAAGCAAUAUCGAUGAAAAGGGUGAAAAUAAAUCAAUUAGAAUAUCUAAAACAAGAACCAAUUUGAAAAUGAUCAUUAAGACACCGUAUAGAGGCACAUUAAAGAGAUAUGCAGCAAAAUCUUUUGUUGUGAAUUCAAAGCAAGAUUGUCUUAGUCUUUCUAACAAAAGAAUUAUUUCAAAAAUAUAG